AUGAGCCAGUUUCGAGCCACAAAGUCUGGACUUCUCAUUUGCACAGUUAUUUGCAUCUUCAUUUUUCUUUAUUUAAGGACUUCAAUUCGUGAGGAACCAGAGGAGGAACCCACCUAUCCAGCAGUAGUGGAAUGUGGCUUUUAUCCAGAUGAACUGUGUUCAGCUUUAUUUGAAGGGAAAGGGGCAGCCCCCCAAAUUGCAAAAUUUUGUAAAAACCCACAUAGAUCUGAAAUACUUGCUCAUUUACACAAACCAGGAAAUUGCUCCAGGAUUUCCCAGGGGUUGCAUUUCAUAACCAGACCCCUGUCUGCAGAAGAGGGCAAUUUCUCUCUGGCAUACAUUAUAACUAUUCAUAAGGAGCUAACCAUGUUUGUGCAGCUUCUCAGAGCUAUUUAUGCACCUCAAAAUGUUUACUGUAUUCAUGUUGAUGAAAAGGCCCCAAAGAAGUAUAAGACUGCCGUGCAAACCUUGGUUAACUGUUUUAAAAACAUUUUUAUUUCAUCAAAGAGAAAGAAGGUUGCUUACACUGGCUUUACAAGACUACAGGCAGAUAUUAAUUGUAUGAAAGAUCUAGUGCAUUACAAAUUUCAAUGGAACUAUGUCAUUAAUCUUUGUGGACAGGAUUUUCCAAUCAAAACCAACAAAGAAAUCAUACACUAUAUCAGAAGCAAAUGGAAUGAUAAAAAUAUCACUCCUGGAGUAAUCCAACCACCAAACAGUAAAUCCAAGACAAGUCAAAGUCAUCCCAAAUUCAGUCCUGAAGGAAAUAUCUAUGUAUCUCCAAAUAAAAGAUUCAAAUAUGAACCACCCCACAACUUAACAAUUUAUUUUGGAAGUGCUUACUAUGUACUUACGAGAAAGUUUGUAGAGUUCAUACUGACUGACAUCCGUGCAAAAGACAUGCUUCAGUGGUCCAAAGACAUCCACAGCCCAGAGCAACACUACUGGGUGACCCUGAACCGACUAAAAGAUGCUCCGGGUGCUACACCAAAUGCUGGCUGGAAAGGAAAUGUUAGAGCUGUUAAACGCAGAAAUGAGGAAGGGCAUGCUCAUGACGGAUGUAAAGGCCAUUAUGUCCAGGAUAUCUGUGUUUAUGGAGUAGGAGACCUGCCAUGGAUCAUUCAAUCACCUUCUCUGUUUGCCAACAAAUUCGAGCCCUCAACAGAACCGCUUGUGGUUACGUGUUUAGAGAGGCGGCACAGACUUAAAGUCCUAAGGCAGGCACAAGUUCCCGUAGAGCCACACUGGCAUUUUCAACAGGAGAGUCAUUUUAACAUGAAACUGAACGGCUAA